AUUAUCGGCUGUAAUAUUUUACCCAAUUUCAAAGAGGAAGUCGCUCAUCUUCGUCUUUCGCGAGGAAAAAUAAAAAAUCCCCCUUUUUCUUCCGCCGGGCAUACGAACCCUAAUUUCGGAACAUUAUUUUUUUUUUCUAUAUAAUUUCUGUUCUUUGGAUUUGGAUUUCAGAUAUCAACUAACGACACUAUCUUGCCUCUCUAGCUAUGGCUGCAAAGAUCCUUGCUAAUUUAAUUAUUAUGGGUUCUGGAAUAAUGGUAAGAGCGCUUGCUCAAGCCUACCGUCAAGCUCUCGCAAAUGCCUCAAAGAACGGCGUUGCUCAAGAAGCAGUACAAAACAUUAAAAGAGGUGGUAAAGUGAUGUCUGAGUCAGAGGCGAGACAAAUCCUCGGUGUCACCGAUAAUUCAACCUGGGACGAGAUUUUGCAGAGGUACGAUAAUUUGUUUGAGCGAAAUGCCAAGAGUGGGAGUUUUUAUCUCCAGUCGAAGGUUCAUAGAGCCAAGGAAUGUUUGGAAACAAUUCAUCAACCAAAAGAAAAGGAGCAAAGUGCGGAUUGAAAGACUACUUUUUUUUUUCUUUGUUUUCAUCUCGGUUCUCAUGUACCGGUUUUGCCUUAACUUCAGUUUGAUACGAAUAAUUUCGUCGUUUGGGUGAUGGUCUUGUAUUAGUAUAAAUUAAAAGUUUAUUAUUGCAGUGUAUGUUACAUUACAACUUGUUUUGCUGCUGCUUGUAACCAUUUUUCUGCCUGUGCUCUAGCUUUUAGUGCUUUACCAGCGAAAAUUAUUUUUGAAUAGAAAUUUCGGGAAUGCCCUUCGAGAUUUUUGUAAUUUUGU